AUGGAAAUUGUGACGUUGGUUCAACAAGUGCAUUCUCAAAUACUUUACUAUCAUGUGCAGUACAUUCCCAACCAGCAGCAACAAAGGUGUAAGAGGGGUUUAUCAUAUCAAAACCGGCCGUCUUCCUCGAAGAAUUUCAUUCCAAAAACGGAAUCUGAAGUAGAAGAAGGCUUUCAUCGACACCCAAAAUGGGAGAAACCCACAAACUGUGUUGAAUUUCCAUCAAUCUUGCCACCAGAGCUCAUCAGUGAAAUCAUAUCAAAGCUACCAGUGAAAUCCCUCUUGAAAUUCAGGUCUGUUUCGAAAUCUUGGCUUUCUUUGAUCUCUAGCCCUGAAUUUAUCAACACCCAUCUUACUGUAUAUAACAACAAGGAUCAGAGACACCACAGGCUUAUGCUAGGGUUUGGUAUGCAUUGCUACAGACUUAGGGAAUGUUCUUUUAGCUCUUUAUUUUAUAACCCUGUUAUUGAGAUAUCUGAAUUGAAUUAUCCCAUGGAAGUCGAAUAUGAUGAAGGAUUUUCGCCUGUGGGUUCUAUUAAUGGAUUGAUUUGUCUUGCCCAUGGGUAUCACUCACCAAAACAUUUGUUUCUAUGGAAUCCAUCUAUUAGGAAGUACAAGAAAUUGCCUAAUUCUAGACCUAAAUUUAGAUAUGAUGCCUGUAUGUAUGGUUUUGGGUAUGAUGAGUUCCAUGAUGAUUAUAAGGUAGUGGGUAUUUUUUGUAUUUAUGGAAGUUCGCUUCAUAUUGACUUCAAAAUAUAUAGUUUAAAGAAUGAUUCUUGGAGAAAGAUUCGUUAUUCACAUGACGGGAUGUGUUUCAGUAGACGGAGUGUAUUUGUGAAGGGGAAACUUCAUUGGACUACUCAUUCUCGUGAUCAAUAUGUGUGGGGUGGGGGCAUUGUUUCUUUUAGUUUAGCUAAUGAGAAUUGGGGAAAGGUGGAGGAGCCCUGCUAUGGAGGAAAAGAAAGUAUUUCGGAGUUGGGAGUGUUUGGAAAUGAUCUUUGUGGGUUCUCUCAUGAUCUGGCGAUUGGCGUAGAUGUUUGGGUUAUGAAAGAUUAUGGAAUUACAGAAUCUUGGACAAAGAUAUGCACCAUCACGUAUCCAAAACUCGAGAGAUAUCUAUAUUUUCCAUCCGUUUUCUUGUCAGAUAAUGGUGAUGUUUUGGUUGGGUACGGAUCAACGUUCAUCAUAUACAAUCCAAAGGAUGACUCCCUCAAAUAUCCAAAGGUUAUUAACUAUAAUGAGUGGCAAAUAGGGGAAAUCUACAUUGAAAGCCUAAUUUCUCCUCUUUCUACAGAAGGGCUUAGGCCGAAACAGAAACAAUGUGUGAAAAAGCUCAAAUCAAGGCAGUCUAGUAACAAAUAACUGGAAGUGGAAGCUGUUAUGGAGAAGUAAUCCAUCUACUGCUGACUCCUGCCUGCAUCUUGAUGAUGAAGCAUGAUGUUGCCUCGUUCAUGUUCGUGUCAAAUAUGUUAACUUUCUUUGUAUGUGUACAAAGAAAGGACCUAUGCUUGCUACUAUUCUGUAGGCGCCAUUUCUGGUCUUUUUUGCAACCUAAAGUUAAGGUUGAAUAGACUUAUGCUUCCCGCCAUCAUACUAUUUAUCAAAAGUAGUAUCUAGCUUAUGUUGGUCUUUAAUAUGUAUUGUUCUUACAAUACU